AUCUCUUCUACGAGAUUUAUGCACUAUCAAAAUAUAUUUUAUAAUAAUUUAAUAAAAUAAAUUUGGUAUAUAUCUUUUUCUACACAUUUAGUUAAAGUUGGACAGAUAAUUUAAGUGGGGACAAAUCUUAUACAACACGAAAAAAACAUAUAUAGAUUACCGAGCAACAAUUAAUGGCAGCUUUGGCUUCUCGGAUUAUUCUGUUUUGGCGAUUAGCUGGAAGAGAGAACUGCCGUAUUCUUCAGUCCAGCCGCUAGUAGAGACGUCCACUGCUAGAGCACCACGGGUGACGUUGAUGUUCUCGCACUGGCAGCACAGCCACAGGUGGUGCACGCUGCGCACAGAUCCAAUCCAAUCCAUCUCCGACUCUCCGUCCCAUCCUCUCCACCACCACACAAGCACCACAGGCGCCACGGCGCCCACCAGGCCAGAGCCACGCACGCGCACGGCAUCCAUUCCCUCGUCUCUGUGUGUGACUGAUGUUUCACGAAGCGCUGCCGCCGAGCACGCAGGCCUCGUCAGCCAUACAUCGUCCAUGACUUCACCCUAGAGCUAGAGGCCUCUAGUUCACUACGUACCCAGCCAAUGAGCCAAGCAUCGCCGCCCAGACUUGACUCCCAAUGGAUGCAGCUUGGAGCCUUGGAUCGUACAAUCGUACUCUAGCCCCGUUUUAUAGGCCAUAGUCUCGAUCCAGAGCUCUCGACUUCUCGGAGCACGCUCGUGUACCAGCAGCAAGGGGGCUCGGAAUUCUGAUCGAGUCGUCGAGAGAUGACGAAGAGGAGCGUGGUUCUGUACCCAGGCCUCGGCGUCGGCCACCUCACGCCGAUGAUCGAGCUGGCCAAGGUGUUCCUCCACCACGGCGCCGCCGUCACCGUCGCGCUCGUCGAGCCGCCCACCAAGUCCCCCGACUUCUCCGCGGUGGUCGCCCGUGCCGCGGCCUCCAACCCGUCCGUCACCUUCCACGUCCUCCCGCCGCCAGCUCCGGCUGACCCUCCCGGCUCCGAAGGCGGCACGUCAUCAGCGCACCACAUCGUCGUCAUGUUCGACCACCUCAAAGCCAUGGUCCCGCCGCUCCGCGACUUCCUCCGCUCGCUGCCCGCCGUCGACGCGCUCGUCCUCGACAUGUUCUGCGGCGACGCCCUCGACGUCGCCGCCGAGCUCAAGCUGCCCGUCUUCUACUUCUACGCCUCGGGCGCCGGCGACCUGGCCGUCUUCCUCAACCUGGGUCGCAUGGCCACGAGCACGGGUUUCGCGGAGCACGGCGACUCCAUCGUCUCGUUUCCCGGCGCGCCUCCGCUCAAAGCUUCGGAUUUGCCCAAAGAGAUCUCGGAGGGCAGCCCUGAAGCGAAGCCCAUCCUCGGCUCGCUCUACCGGCUAGCGGAGGCCGACGGGAUCCUCGUCAACACCUUCGAGUCGCUGGAGACGCGGGCGGUGCGCGCUCUGAGGGAGGGUCUGUGCGUUCCCGACCGUUCCACGCCGCCGGUCUACUGCAUCGGGCCGUUGGUAUCGGGAGGCGGAGAGAAGGAGCACGAGUGCCUCCGGUGGCUGGACAAGCAGCCAGAAAACAGCGUCGUGUUCCUCUCCUUCGGGAGCAUGGGCACGUUCCCGAAGCAGCAGCUCGAGGAGAUCGCCAUUGGAUUGGAGAAGUCAGGGCAGAGGUUUCUAUGGGUGGUGCGGAGCCCGCGAAACCCCGAGGACAUGCUUCGCCCACUCCCGGAACCGGACCUCGACGCCCUUCUGCCGGAGGGAUUCUUGGGGAGGACCAAGGACACCGGGCUCGUGCUCAAGUCUUGGGCGCCACAGGUGGAUGUGCUACGUCACAGAGCCACCGGUGCGUUUGUUACACACUGCGGGUGGAACUCGACACUGGAAGGCAUCACAGCGGGGCUGCCCUUGCUGUGCUGGCCAUUGUAUGCAGAGCAGAGAACGAACAAGGUGUUCAUCGUGGAGGAGAUGAAGCUUGGGGUGGUGAUGAAGGGCUACGAUGAGGAGUUGGUGAAGGCGGAGGAGGUGGAGACGAAGGUUAGGUGGGUGAUGGAGUCUGAAGGUGGGCAAGCGCUCAAAAAGAGGGUGGCAGAGGCGAAAGGUAGAGCGAUCGAAGCAAUCGAAGAAGGGGGCUCAUCUCAUGCUGCUUUUGUUGAAUUCUUGAAGGAUCUCGAUAACGUGAGCUUGCCUUAGCAUUAGCACACAACGCACUUAAUUAUUCAAAGGUUUCGAGUUCCACAUAGGCAUCGUUAAUUCUUGCUUUUGAGACCAUGUUAACACGGCUGUGGAUUUACUCUUGAGUACUCACGGAGGUGCUUCUGAGUACUCGAGCUUCUUUGUGUGCUUCGCUGUUGUUCCAAGAACAUCAAUUCUUCAUAUAUUCUUCUGUUUGGUUCCGAUCAUAUAGGAAAAAAAACUUGAAGGAAAGGUUUUUUUU